GCUAUACUCAACUGUGUAGUAUUGUUAUUUUCAUCCAUUUAUAUAAAAGUAGGUCUUCUUCUGUUUUCGCUCCUUUUCUAAAACAACACUUAGGAACAGCUGAGAGCUGAAAGCUUCACAGCAUCCCCAACGAGAUCGUUAAAUCAAUGCCUUACACUCUGUGGCUUAUUUAAAGUUAUUUUCAUCCAUUAUAAGAAGAACUGCUAAGCUUCUUCCACUAUAGUACUUCUUUGCAUGACAGCUACAGACUCCAAAGUAUUACUUUCAUCCAGUAAAUUCAACUUCAAGCCAAAAAAACCUAAAAUUUUGAUUUUAUGCAUUUUUAUUUAAAUUUAAACCAUAUUAAAGCAUUUGAAGUACCCCCUUGACUCUAGCAUGUGUCCAAAGGGUUCCACUAAUGGAAAAAGCGAAAUUUUAAAAGUUUGAUGAUUUUGGUGUCCUUGGUUCAGGUCGAACUGUCGUGGCUGCCACUUGCCCAGCCUACGAGUCGACUGCAAGACGCCCGGUAGUGCCCCGCCUGAGCCCCAAGCGGAAAGCGCACCGCCGGGCGUGUUGUGGUCGAUUCAGACCAGUGCCGCGAAAGUGUAGUGCGAAACCCAGUAUAUACUACUACUUCCUCAGCACCAUCGGCGGCGAUUGUGCCAACAAC